AUGGGCGGGCAGGACAAGAGGUGUUUGCCGUCGAUGCCGGCGUGCAACGGCGAGCACGGCGGCAAGAAGGCGCGGCAGCAGGCCCUGGUGCCCGUGGUGAAGCAGGAGCCGCGGCAGGAGGAGGUGGAGGAGGAGGAGUGGGAGGAGGGGGAGCUGACGUCCCAUGGCGGCAGCCCGGGAUCGGCGGCUGCGUCGGAGGCCCUGGUGGGGGCGGCGUCCGCGCCCGCGCCGCCGCAGAUCGACGUGAGGAUGGACAUGGCGCUGCUCGACUGCCAGGCCUGCUUCCUCCCCCUCAAGCCCCGCGUGUUCAAGUGCGAGACCGGGCACGUGGUGUGCGGCUACUGCCGCGGCGCGCACGGCGAGGCCUGCGGCCGCGCCGACACGCACUGCCCCGAGCUGGACGCCGUGGUGGGCGCCACCAAGGUGCCGUGCGCGUACCGGGACUUCGGCUGCGACCGGUUCCUGGUGUACCACGGCGCGGCGGAGCACAAGCGCGUGUGCCCGUGGAUGCCCUGCUCGUGCCCGCAGACCGGCUGCGCGUUCCUCGGCCCCCCGGCGGCGCUCCUCGACCACUGCUCGGCCGAGCACUCCCGGCCCAUCAUCCAGGUGCGCUACGGCCGGCCGUGGACCCUCAGCCUGCCGCUGGCGCAGCGCUGGCACGUGAUGGUCGGGCAGGAGGACCGGAGCGUCUUCCUCGUCUCCCUGGCCGACCUGGGCGUGGCGGCCACCGCGGUGUCGCUGCUCUGCGUCAGGCCCGACGGCGCCGUGGCGCUGCCCGCGGCGCCCCACUUCUGGUGCAAGCUCUCGGUGGAGCACCCGCGCGGCGACAAGGACGAGAUGGUCAUGAUGGCGUCCGCCGUGAGCAGCAGCCCCCUGUCCGCCGGCCCGCCGGUGCCGGGGCAGGGGAUGUUCGUGGCGGUGCCGCACGAGUUGAUGUCCGGCGACGUGCUCGCCAUCAGCGUCCGCAUUGAUCAGCUCCAGCCUCCUCCUCCUGCCUCCACUGCUGUCGCGGCCAGGGCACCGGCGUCACCACCACCAUCCCAUGCUAGGACAACAACCAGGAGGCUCCAGUGA